AUGAACUGCAUUCCAAUUGUGAUUGCUCUUUCUCAAAGGGGGGUACAGAUCCAUUCUCCACAAUGUAGUGCUUGUGUAUCCGGAAUGGAAUCAACGGAUCACAUGUUACUUAAAUGUCCUUUUGCUGUCGAAAUCUGGAACCAGAUUUGGGAUUGGUGCGGUAUCACACCCAAUAAAUUCUCUUGUCUAAAGGAGAUGUUAACCUACACAACCAUGAUAGGGCAAUGCCCAAAACGCACGACAACAUUACUCUCAAUCAUUUCUGGUGCAAUAUGGGGUAUAUGGAAAGAAAGGAAUGAUAGAAUCAUUAACAACAAAAUUCACCUCCCCGGAAUUGGUGUUUGA